UGAUACAGCGAUCCAAGAUGGCAGCUUCCAUCACCAAUUUACUUGCAUUAUUGCAUUACCAAUGCUAAUGCAACUUCAUAAAGAUUUACUGAGCUAGUACAGCCACUUUAGUGUACAUCAAAAUGAUCAGUAUGUUCUUGUGCCACUAGUACUAUUACUAACAUGACGGAAGAGCUACGUUCACUUAACAUAAGUGACCAGCCUGUACCUAGUAUAUGUGAUAGCAGUCAGAGUCCAUCAUCAAACCAGUGUAGCAUCGGGGUCAGUUGCGUUCACACUGAUGAAACUGAAAGGAAGGAUUAUGGUUCCUGUAACUGUAAUGAGGUGAUCAGCGAAGGCUCCGACAGAGAACAUGUGCGCCAGAUCGAUUCCUUGCCAACGGAGGUGCUACUUAAAAUCUUCUACUAUCUGGAUGCUAGGUUCCUAUACUGUACACUCACACUUGUCUCAAGAUAUUUUAAUUAUCUACUAAAUGACGAUUCAUCAUGGAAAAUGCGAAUUGCCAAGAGGUUUCCAAAAAAGUACCCACCUUUGAAAGCUCCUCUGGGUUUCAACUGGAAGCUCGCCUGUGCAAAGAGAGAGUACCAGCACGAGCUGUGGAGCCAUGGCGGCAUGGAACGCUUCACUCUCACCGAGGGACACUAUGCCUCUGUUGACGCGAUCCAUCUAAUGAACCGUGGCACCAUGUGUUUGUCAGGGUCACGGGACAAACAGCUGACCAUGUGGAAUCUCCAGGGCUUGGACAGCAAUAAUCCACACUAUGCUACUGAAGCCAAGGCAAAAAGUGUCAUUGAUGCACAUAAGGGUUGGAUCUGGUCGAUCACGUCAUGUGAGAACGUCGUCUGCACUGGAUCGUGGGAUAAGGACGUGAAGUUGUGGGAUGCUGGAGAAAACCUGCGGGAGACGAUGCGCCUUAGGAGAGCUCCUCUGGGUUUCAACUGGAAGCUCGCCUGUGCAAAGAGAGAGUACCAGCACGAGCUGUGGAGCCAUGGCGGCAUGGAACGCUUCACUCUCACCGAGGGACACUAUGCCUCUGUUGACGCGAUCCAUCUAAUGAACCGUGGCACCAUGUGUUUGUCAGGGUCACGGGACAAACAGCUGACCAUGUGGAAUCUCCAGGGCUUGGACAGCAAUAAUCCACACUAUGCUACUGAAGCCAAGGCAAAAAGUGUCAUUGAUGCACAUAAGGGUUGGAUCUGGUCGAUCACGUCAUGUGAGAACGUCGUCUGCACUGGAUCGUGGGAUAAGGACGUGAAGUUGUGGGAUGCUGGAGAAAACCUGCGGGAGACGAUGCGCCUUAGAGGCAAGUCUGCAGUGCUGUGCACGGCGCUGCGUCCUGAUAUCUUAUCCGUCGGCAGCUUCGACAAGCACGUGACCACCUACGACCCGAGAGCAGGGUACUCUGCAACCAAACAGCUGGUCUACCACACGAAGCCAGUGCUGUGCAUGGCAGUAGAUGACCAGUACAUCAUAAGCGGCAGUGAGGACCGGACGGUGGCCGUGUAUGACCGCAGAGCUGACAAACUCCUACGUACUGUCGAGUUGCCUAACUUUGUGAUGUCACUGUCAUACAAGUGGCACCAUCUCUGGGUAGGAGAUAGAAGUGGGCAGAUUCAUCUCAUUGACUCAACAGACUUUACAUUCGUUGAUACGUACGAUGUGGGACACACGAACAAGGUCACAGGCAUAAAGUUUUCACUGGGCGCCCUCGUCACGUGCUCGACGGAUAAGUCCAUCCGCGUGCUGACGCCGACUGAGUGUCCGACAGUGAUGCACAUACUGCAUAGCGACCAUGACAGUGAUAUUUCGGCGAUUGACUUGCAGAAUGACGUGUUGGUGAGCGCGUCAGGAGAGACGACUGUCACCGUGUGGAAACCACGCCCCUAAACUUAGCCUCCCCGUCUGGGACGGCAACCAAGCUCCUAAACAUAGGCUCAAUACGUGGAAACCACACCCCUAAGAUAGCCACACCCAUGAGUGAACCAUGCCUCUAAGAUGGCUUUACUUGUCAGCAAGCCACACGUGGGUAUUUUUUUUACCUGUGUGGAACCCUUACCUGAGUGGAAACGUCACCUGUGUAGGAACCUCG